UUGCAUACAUUGACGAAGAUUUUGUCAAUGAUAACCUAGACGAGCCUCAUAUGAAGAGAAAAAUUACAAUUUUAAGUCAAUAUCCAGAAAUUAAAAGAUUAUACGGACAUGACACCAUUACCGUAGACAUUACAAUUGUCGGAGUCUUAGUUCAGAAUCGUAUCGUGGGUCUUAUCGCCAAUAUAGCAUUACUAAUACCUAUAUCCAUGUCUUUUCGUAGACACCAUUUAAAACACCAUGCCUUUCAAGGUGUGGAAGAGAUAGAUCCAGAACUACCUUCAGAAUGGGAAAAAAACAUCCAUCCGGUAGCAGCUCGUUAUAUCCAAGAACAUUAUACGUUUGAAGAUGGUCAAGAAACUUAUUCUUGUUAUGGAGGACUUAAUAAAAUAUUUAUGAAUAUUGGUUAUCAUACUGAACACCACGAUUUUACAAAC